CGGAGGCGGCGGGUUGUGGUUCCGCUUCCGUCGCGGAGACACGUGAAGGUCGGUGAGUUGGUGGCGGAGUGCAUCUCGGCACGCGUGGUCGCGCUGGGAUGGAUUCCUCCUCGUCUUCCUCCUCCGCGGGCUUGGGCUCGGUGGAUCCGCAGCUGCAGCAUUUCAUCGAGGUAGAGACGCAGAAGCAGCGCUUCCAGCAGCUGGUGCACCAGAUGACUGAACUUUGUUGGGAGAAGUGCAUGGACAAGCCUGGGCCAAAGUUGGACAGUCGGGCUGAGGCCUGUUUUGUGAACUGCGUUGAGCGCUUCAUUGAUACAAGCCAAUUCAUCUUGAACCGACUGGAACAGACCCAGAAAUCCAAGCCAGUCUUCUCAGAAAGUCUUUCUGACUGAUCUCAGCAUUACCUCUUUGGAAAAAGAAGGUAGUUCAAGAAAUGAAGAGCUGUUGAUGGGGCAGUUGAAGAAAACGCUAUGGGGGAUUGGCUCCCACCUUUGUUACUCUUGGGACAUCCGGUCAUCUAAGAAUGAACAAAGACCAAUUUUGUGGGGUGGGGGGUUGGGGUCAUAUGUGUAUUUGGUUGUAUUUUUUAAUGCUAACCUUUUGAAAAAAUUGACAGAUGAAUGGAAAGUUAUUAGAUGCCUAUUACUCUAUGUGGGACUCUGUUUUUCUCAGUCCCAUUAACUGCUUCCUGUAAUUCUGAUAGUGGAACUGCUUUCUAUAAUUUGAUAGUGGGACCACAUAGGUAAAAAUCUGUCAUUUGUGUGAACUCAUUUCAGAUCUCUGGGGAUAUUGAUAUACAUCUUUGUUUCUCUCAGAAAGGGUGGCAGUGAGGGAAGAGUAAUUUGCUACCUAACUGUAGACUCUCCUUAUCUAGUUUUUGACUGUGCUGGGGGAAAAAAUUCUAUGGACUAUUCAUACAGUACACUUCAGCAUUCUAGUCUAUCUCCCUUAUUCUGUGAGUUACUUAAAUAUCUACAUAAAGUAUGGGUCUUGAGGUAGUACAAGCAGCCUGAGCAUCUAGAGGCCUUUAGUUAUAAAGGACUCGAGACAGUGAACAUAAUUCUCAUUACUAAACUGCCCCUGGAAGAAGUUAACUUACAACCCUGUGUAUCAGGUCCAGAAAAUUUAAAGAUGUGCCUAAAUCAGUUGUAAAGAUUUAGGCCAGUCAGAAACUAACUGCAAUUUCAGGUGGAGGUGCAUGCCUAAUGUUAAUCAGUAUAGAUUCCAUUUAUUGCAUUCUUUUGAUCACUGAAAUAAAAGCUUCUACACAAGUCAAGUCUGAUUGAGAAGGCUUUCUAUUCUGGCUAUCACCUACGACCUGGAGAGACUGGGUGUGGGCUGGAUCCCAGGCUGGAUGCAGUCAUUCUGGGCACCUGCUCUGUAAGUUACAGCACAGUAUUGCAGGGAUCCCUGAUCUUUUUGUGAGAAAAGAAUUUUGAAAUAAGAUGGGGAUGGAAAGAAUUCAUUGCUGAUAGUCAAUUCCCUGAGUCUAGUAAGAGAGAUUAUAUUGACUGAGUUCCCCUCUAUGACGAAUCCUUAUAGACAAGAGUAGUGACCUACAGAAGCACUUGUUGGGAGCCAAUAGUGCAAAUCCAUGAAAGCUGGGGGAACACAUUUAUAGAAAGCCUCAAGUUCCUGUUUAGCCUUUUCCCUUAUAAGCACUCGAAGAAAAUGUUUUAAAAUCCCGAAGAUAGCACGGCUCAAUAAACAAUUUAGUGCUGACCCUGUGCCAGACACUGCUUUUGGUGCCAGGGACUCAGCGGUGCUCAGAAAUAGUCCCUGCAUGUGUGGAGUUUAUGUCAUAGUGAGGGGAGAAAAGCAAAAAACACGUAUCAGUAUGUCAGUUGAUGUAAUGAAGGCCUUGGAGAAAAAGCAGAGUAGGGGUAUUAGGAAGGUUUGUGGCUGCUAUUUGAGAUAAGAUGGUUAGAGAAACCUCUUUGGGAAGGUGGCAUUUCAGCUACUUUUCAUCUAAAAGAACUACAUGACCAAGACAUGUAGGUGUCUGGGAGAACAUUUCAGGUGGCGGUGACGGCAUGUCCAAAGGCCCUGAGGUGGGAGGUACAUGCUAAGGUGCCAUGUGGGACAGUCAGCAGGUCACCUUGGCUGGAGUAAAAUAAGUGAGAAUGCUAAGAAAUGAGGCUGGAGAUGCAUGGGGUGGGGAGCAGCAUAGAGCAAGCACUGGGCAGCUAGGGUGUUGCAGGCCAUUGUAAGGACUUGGCUUUUACCAAGCGAUGUGGAGAACCACUUGAGGGUUUUUUGCAGACAAGUGACAUGCUGUAAUGAGUUUUAGGCGAACUUGGCUGCUGUUUGGAGAACAUAUACAUGAUAAACAAGCAAUAGUAGUCACAGCAGCAAGGGCAAAGCAGUCAGAAGUCCAGGAGUAAUCAGGCUUUGAGGGUAGGUGCCAGAGACCAACUCCGGUGAACAGGGUUGAGAGAGGAAUCCGAUUGAGCCUUAGAAAUUGCCAAGAAAUGAUAGACACAAAAUAGAGUUUAAGCAGGAGCCAGGGGACACAAGGCCUCUCUUUAGUGCUCACUCACUUUAGUGCUUAUUCUCUAUAGUGCCCGGGGCAACUCAUUUUUUUUUUUAAAGAUUUAUUUAUUCAUACAAUCACUGGGGUACAGUCAGAAGCACAGGAGGGGUGAGAGAAUUCACCAGAGCCAGAGCAGAGAGCAGAACAGGCAGACCGAAGAAGUAUACUGCUGAGGGGAACAGUGGGUGGCAGGAGAGGUCUGUGCGCCAUGUGGGACCCUCGCCGGUGGCUGGGGAUCGAACCAGCGCUGCAGAGGCUGUGGGCAGCUUGCAGCCCAGCGCUCAACUGCUGUGCCACCUGGGAGGCCCAUGGAACUCGUUUUUAUUGAUACAAGCGCUGCCCCCCCACCUAGGGUUAGUUACCAGACAAUGAAGUAUUCUCUUAAUGUUUGGCCUUGUCUGGGCACACAUUCACUGCCAAGGUUCUGCGCCAUCAGGUCUUUCUGUUUUUCUAAUCUAGUCUGUCCCCUAGACCUAGCUGCGCAGACACAAGAAAGAACAUCCCUUGUAUGCGGGCCAGUCCUCCCACCCAGGCUCAUCAGUUUUUUAGCCAUGACCUUGAUGUCUUCCUUGUCUCAGCACUGCAGGCCUUAGGGGUCUCCAACAGGUAGGUAUCUGGCAUAUGCCUUGUGUGUAUAUAUGCCCCUUUUGAUUUUUUUUUGCCCCACAAAAUUGUGUUCAUGUAACCCCUCAAGUCAUACAAAAGGAUCCUUUAGUCUUUUCCUUCUUGUCUUUAUUCUUCUUUCUUACUAUUUUAUUCCUAUAUUUCUCAUGCCUUCACUUAGUAAAGUAACUCAUUACGUUUAGGCAUGAACUUCAGAUUCUCUGUUCUACAGUAUUGUUGCUUGCUCAGCUAAUAUGCAUGAGAAAGAGGAGGUGUCAGAUUCACACAAGAGCUUGAGCACCAAAUGUGUGUUUGGCACAAGACAACAGGAAAGAAGGUAGAACAUUUACCCCCACCCUCAGGUUAAAUGUCAGAGCAACAGUUUGGGUUUUUGUUUGUUUUUUUCAUCUCAGAAAUUUGUUUUCAGAACUUGAUGGAAAGGUGGUACUGUG